UUAUAAUUUUUUUUACCCUUAUAUGCUUGAAAAUGGGAAUUUGGCCCUAAGGGCAAUGUGGUAAUUGUGUAUUUUGGGUUAUGAUUCAUUAAAAGGGAAAUAUUAAGAAAAAUGAGAUUUUAUUUCUGCAUUUUACUCCAGCCCUAGCAGCCAGCCUCUCCCUCUCUCAAAAACUCAUUUUUUAGCUUUGAUUUUGUGGUGAAUUGCUUGUGGAAGAAAGCUUAGUUUUGGAGAUUUGGGGAUUUGCUCUUGCUUGGAUUUGAGGAUUACCGGCACUUGGUCAAGAGCACCCGGGGAUUUGGAAUCUCCAUAUUUGCGGGACAUCAGGAAUGGGUAAAUCUAUCUCUGAUCAGCCAUGAGUAUGGGAGUUGGGCGAUGUAUGUACAUGUUCGUGCCACACUAGACCAAGCAGGUUGGGGUCUACCAGUGUUGAAACUUUUGUAACUCUAUUUUGCCGCUUAGGUCGGUUAAGGAGAAAAGACUUGUAAUAUUUUGUAAAAUAAUUUUUAGGAUCCCGAAAUAUGUAACUUUUGUUUGUAAGGUUGAAAUUAUUACAAGUUUAUUUUCAUUUCGUUUUCGUUUAAAGUUUAAUUUCCGCGCUUAUUUUAAAACCAAUUCCGUUUAGGGGAUUAGGGUUUCUUAAUCAUAUUGGGUAGCGUGCCUAAAUCUUAGGGCGUUACAAUUUGGUAUCAGAGCGCCAAGGUUUUUAAACUUCUUGUAGACCGGCCGAACAUGUACAAUCAUCGUCAGAGAUAAGCUCGACUCAUGGUGCAGUAAGUGUUGAGAGUAAAUACUUUACUGCUUAUGUGAUCAAUUAAUUGCCGCUUUCCAUUUUAGGCAGUAUGUAAGCAUCUAGGGUAUUUAUGUGAUAUAUGAUGCCAUGCUUAAAAUGCUAUAUGUUAAGUGUUUAAUUAUAUGAAAUAAAUAGUUGAGUUAGGGUUUAAGGUAUUAAGUGCAUAAGUGUGGUAUUGGUGCUUAACUCGCUGGGGUUGUUGAUUACAGGGGUACUUGUAAAAAUGGACCCUCCGCAAUCAUCUAGACCACAAGGCGAGCAAGUAGAGCAUGGUGUAGACCAAACCAACCCACCGGCACCACCUGCACCUCCGCAGAAUCCGGGGGAUAAUGCGGGGGUUGGCAAUGUUAAUCCUCCUGCUAACUGGCAGCAGAUGUUCCAAGAAAUGCGAGGUAUCAUACUUCGUCAAGAGGAAGAAUUGCGUCGAUUAAGGCAACCGGCACCGGCUGCCCCUGUUGAGCAAGUGUUACCACCAGCGCUUGUGGUAGUGAUGGGUAACCAGGGGUUUAUGAUGUCGCACAGAGAUUCUGUGUUUGAACGGUUUGUGAAGUUGCAACCUCCAACUUUUUGGGGAGGUACUGACAUAAUUAAGGCUGAGCAGUGGAUGAGUACAAUCACCCGUAUCCUUGAUAAUAUGGGAGUGACGGGAACAGAGAGAGUGAAUUGUGCAGCUUUCAUGUUACAAGAUCAUGCCCGCGUCUGGUGGGAUAUUGUGGGACAGACUCGUGACGUCAGUGUAAUGACUUGGGAUGAGUUUAAGAAUUUGUUUGAAGAAAAAUUUUAUAACAUCGCAGUGAGGACUUCACAUAUGGAAGAUUUUGUGAAACUAACUCAGGGGAAGAUGUCUGUGGCCGAGUACACUCUGGAGUUUGAUCGGCUGUCCAAGUUUGCUGGUGAUCUGGUGCCCACAGAUUUCACCAAGAAAUAGAAAUAUGUGAGAGGACUGAAUGCCACAAUCAGUCGGGACUUGAAAAUUACCACUUCACAUGACACUUUGUAUAAGAAAGUGGUAGAGCUAGCCUUAAUUGCUGAGGAGGCUGAGCAACAUGUAGUGAAAGAGCAGACUGCAAAGGAUGCCGUCACGGCAUCGAACCCUCCUGCUAGUGGUAAUAUCAGUAAGGGGACCGACAGUGGUAACCCUGAUCACAAACGGAAGGUUGAUGCUUCCGGAACAUCAGGGGGCAAUAGAAAGUUUCGGGGAAACAGAGGUGAUCGUCAGGGCCGCGGAUCUUCAUUCCGAUCUUAUCCUGAGUGUCUGAAAUGUAAGAAACACCAUCAGGGUGAAUGUCGGGCCAAGACUUGUUUCCAGUGUGGCAUGGUGGGCCACUUCAUCAGAGAUUGUCCUCAGACCAAGAAAGAGGAGCCUAAGAAGAAUUUCACUCAGAACCCGGGACGACUUUUUACCAUGACUCAGGUUGACGCUGAUGUUAGUCCGUCAGUGGUGACAGGUCAGUUGUCUAUAAAUGGUUGUUCUUAUACUGUAUUGUCUGAUUCGGGAGCUACCCACUCUUAUGUGUCUAGUAGAGUAAUUGAAAGUUUCGAUAAACCAUGUGAUAUUUAUGCUUCGGGGUUUGGUACCCUUUUACCUUCGGGAGACCUUAUGGUAUCCACUAGGUGGAUUCGGUCCUUAUCCUUCUCGAUUGACGGUUGUGAAUUAACCGCCAAUCUAAUAGAAUUGCAAUUGUCUGAUUUUGAUAUAAUCAUGGGAAUGGAUUUUCUGUCUAAGUAUGGGCCAACGAUUGACUGCAAGCAGAAGAUGGUGGUGUUUGAGCCUGAUAGUGCCAACCCAGCAGUGUUUGUGGGUAAAGUUCAGGGGGCACGCAUACCAAGAAUAACACUUUUGAAAGCUAAGGACCUGAUGAGCAGAGGUUGUCUGGGAUUCAUAGUUACUGCAGUGGAUACCACCCACCUGUGACAUCUGGACCUGAGAGUACAAGAUUGGUAUGCGAGUUUCUUGACAUCUUUCCAGAAGAUCUACCGGGAUUGCCACCUACCCGGGAGAUUGAAUUUGUAAUUGAGUUAGUUCCGAGAGCGGAACCAGUAUCA